CAUAGCGACCCUGGCCGGGUCGGGCAGCCUAGGACGCCAACUGUAUGUUGAGAGCGAGACCUCGAAGAAGCCGAGACUGCGGGGAAGCGCAGGAGUUGGCAUCACACCAGGCGCCCUGAGCCCGAUGUCCUCACCCCCCACCAGCACCCUGCGGCCCUACACAAGCAGCCAACAUGCCCGUGUCCAAGUGCCCGAAGAAGUCAGAGCCCCUGUGGAAGGGCUGGGACGACAGGGCCCAGAAGAAUGGCCUGAGGCACCAGGUGUAUGCCGUGAACGGUGACCACUACGCGGGAGAGUGGAAGGACAACCUGCGGCACGGGAAGGGAACACAGGUCUGGAAGAAGACAGGAGCCAUCUAUGAAGGGGACUGGAAGUAUGGGAAGCGAGACGGCUAUGGCACCCUUAGCCUUCCUGACCGAGAGACAGGAAAAUACAGAAGAGUGUACUCAGGCUGGUGGGACAGAGACAAGAAAUCGGGCUACGGGGUCCAGUUUUUCGGACCCAAGGAGUAUUAUGAGGGUGAGUGGUGUGGCAGCCAGCGCUGCGGGUGGGGCCGCAUGUACUACAGCAACGGUGACAUCUACGAGGGCCAUUGGUGGAAAGACAAGCCCCACGGGGAGGGCAUGCUGCGCCUGAAAAACGGGAACCGCUACGAGGGCAGCUGGGAGAGAGGCCGGAAGCACGGGCAUGGACGCUUCUUCCACCUGGACCAUGGCCAGCUCUUCGAGGGCUUCUGGGUGGAGGGUGUGGCCAAGUGCGGCACCGUGAUCGACUUUGGCCGUGAUGAGGCCCCUGCACCCACCCAGUUCCCCAUUCCUGAGCUCAAGCUUCUGGACCCUGAUGGCGUGCUCCAGGACGCCCUGGCUGUAUUCUCACAGACACAAGAGGAGGGGGAGGAAGAGGAAGGGGACUGAUGUCAGAGUCGGCCCCGUAAGACCUGCGCGAGGGCCUCGGCCAAGCCACAGCGUUUGUCACCCCGGACCCUGGCCAGAUGAUUCAACUCCUUUGCGCCUCCAUUUUGUUAUCUGCGGAAUAGGAGGUCACAGCAGUCCCUGCUCGGAAGGGUGCCAGCCGAGCUGGGGGCGGCCCGCGUGUGUACCAGCUAACGGACCUCGCUGCUUUCCGCGGCUCCCUGUGCGGCUCCCCUCACAUUCCCCAGCACACACCACACCCUCCCGCGGGGAGGAUGAGAAAGCUGCACAGACCCAACGCGCAGGGCAUUCUACAGAAGCAGGGGGCCGCACGCUCCAAGAACACGCACCCUGCAGAACAAAGGCUGAGGAACUCAUCCAAGGGAGGGAGACGAGGCGCAGCUAGCAGCGCUGUGCCGCAUGUGCAAAGGACGGGAAGCAGCCUGGCUAGAGGACUCCUGCACAGGUGGGGAACUGGGCAUCAGUGUCAUGCAGCUGUGGUGUACAAGGACCAGGCUGCCUGAAGGGGAUGCUGAAUUAGGUUCUGCAGGGGAGCGGCCUUAGCUUCAGGAGGAGGCAUUCAGGGUGACAAACCACGAAGUCAGCACUGCACUACCCUCAGGUUUUUGUUUUUGCUGCUUUGAGACAGGGUCUCACUGCGUAGUCCAGGCUGGCUUCAAACCUAGGGUGAUCCUCCUGUCUCAGCCUCCCGAGUGUUGGGAUUACAAGUAUGUGCCACCAGGCUUGGCUUUCUAAUUCCAGUAUUUGUGAAUUUACCAAAUUGCUAAGGUCUAACAGGGACACUCAGCUCCCAUACUGGUAACAAGUACCCUUUUUCAGUUUUUUUUUUUUUCAAAUCUUGCCCCUUUUCUCUUUCCUUUUUGGUACCGGGAA